UCUCUGUGACUCUAAUUACUAGAUUUGCAUGGCAGAAAAGUUUGCUUUGUGGGUUGACUUUUAUUAACAGUGCUUGCAUGUUGUUUUCUGUUCUUGGUGUUCCCUGACAGAGCACCUGUUGCCUUGAAUAAUUAUGCACAAUCAAUAAGUUUUUCUGUUUGUCUUUGUUGUUUCUUUGAUGUGGCCUACAGGAUGCAGCUGGUAAGGUGCUGGACCGCUGGGCCAUCAUGUCUCGAGAAGAGGAAAUCAUCACCCUUCAGCAGUUUCUGAGGUUUGGAGAAACCAAAUCCAUUGUGGAGCUGAUGGCAAUUCAGGAGAAAGAAGGGCAGGCUGUAGCAGUACCAUCUUCAAAGACAGACUCAGAUAUAAGGACUUUCAUUGAGAGCAAUAAUCGCACUAGGAGUCCCAGCCUUCUUGCUCACUUAGAGAACAGCAACCCUUCCAGCAUUCAUCACUUCGAAAACAUCCCAAACAGCCUUGCAUUUCUGCUUCCAUUCCAGUACAUAAACCCUGUCUCAGCCCCACUGCUAGGGUUGCCUCCAAAUGGGCUACUUUUGGAGCAACCAGGACUGAGGCUGAGGGAACCAAGCCUUUCCACUCAGAAUGAAUAUAAUGAGAGCAGUGAAUCCGAAGUAUCCCCCACACCUUAUAAGAAUGAUCAAACACCCAACAGAAAUGCCUUGACCAGCAUUACUAAUGUGGAGCCCAAAACCGAGCCAACCUGUGUCUCCCCCAUUCAGAACUCUGCCCCAGUAGGUGAUCUAACCAAAACUGAACACCCGAAAAGCUCAUUCCGGAUUCACCGGAUGAGAAGGAUGGGGUCGGCCUCUAGGAAAGGAAGAGUAUUCUGUAAUGCAUGUGGAAAGACAUUCUAUGACAAAGGUACUCUCAAAAUUCAUUAUAAUGCUGUUCACCUGAAAAUCAAACAUCGAUGUACCAUCGAAGGGUGCAACAUGGUCUUCAGCUCUCUCCGUAGCCGUAAUCGCCACAGUGCAAACCCCAAUCCUCGCUUGCACAUGCCUAUGUUAAGGAAUAACCGAGACAAAGAUUUAAUUCGGGCCACAUCAGGAGCUGCCACCCCUGUCAUAGCAAGUACAAAAUCAAAUCUCACACUCACAAGUCCUGGCCGACCCCCAAUGGGUUUUACCACUCCUCCACUAGACCCUGUCUUACAGAACCCUCUCCCUAGCCAGCUAGUAUUUCCUGGGCUAAAGACUGUACAACCAGUUCCUCCAUUUUAUAGAAGUUUACUCGCGCCAGGGGAAAUGGUGAGUCCUCCAACCUCGCUCCCAACCAGUCCCAUCAUUCCAACCAGUGGUACCAUAGAACAGCACCCCCCACCACCCUCUGAGCCAAUAGUGCCAGCAGUGAUGAUGGCCGCCCAUGAGCCCAGUGCCGACCUGGCACCCAAGAAAAAGCCUAGGAAGUCAAGUAUGCCUGUAAAGAUAGAGAAGGAAAUUAUUGAUACCGCUGAUGAGUUUGACGAUGAAGAUGAUGACCCCAAUGAUGGUGGAGCUGUGGUCAACGACAUGAGCCAUGACAAUCAUUGCCAUUCCCAAGAGGAGAUGAGCCCAGGCAUGUCUGUGAAGGACUUUUCUAAUAACAGGACCCGGUGCAUUUCAAGGACUGAAAUAAGGAGGGCUGAUAGCAUGACUUCUGAGGACCAGGAACCUGAGCGGGACUAUGAAAAUGAGUCUGAAUCUUCAGAGCCCAAGCUCGGUGAGGAAUCUAUGGAAGGGGAUGAGCACAUGCAUAGUGAGGUGAGCGAAAAAGUCCUGAUGGCCAGUGAGAGGCCAGAUGAGAACCACAGUGAGCCCUCUCACCAGGACGUUAUCAAGGUGAAGGAGGAAUUUACAGAUCCCACUUAUGACAUGUUUUACAUGAGCCAGUAUGGACUGUAUAAUGGUGGUGGGGCCAGCAUGGCUGCUCUCCAUGAAAGUUUUACAUCAUCUUUGAAUUAUGGAAGUCCUCAAAAAUUCUCCCCAGAAGGUGACCUGUGUUCUAGCCCAGAUCCCAAAAUCUGUUAUGUGUGCAAGAAGAGUUUUAAAAGCUCCUACAGCGUGAAGCUUCAUUACAGGAAUGUUCACUUAAAAGAGAUGCAUGUCUGCACAGUGGCUGGCUGCAAUGCUGCCUUCCCCUCUCGCCGAAGCAGAGACAGACACAGUGCCAACAUAAAUCUGCAUCGUAAACUGUUGACCAAAGAACUCGAUGACAUGGGCCUGGACUCAUCGCAGCCCUCCCUUAGCAAGGACCUCCGGGAUGAAUUUUUGGUGAAGAUCUAUGGUGCCCAGCACCCCCUGGGGCUCGAUGUCAGAGAAGAUACCUCCUCUCCCGCAGGGACUGAAGACUCCCACCUGAACGGGUAUGGGAGAGGCAUGGCGGAGGACUACAUGGUCCUUGACCUGAGCACCACCUCCAGCCUUCAGUCCAGCAGCAGCAUCCAUUCCUCCAGAGAAUCCGAUGCAGGCAGCGACGAGGGGAUUCUUCUGGACGACAUUGACGGGGCGAGUGACAGUGGGGAGUCGGCACACAAGGCUGAGGUCCCUGCCCUCCCUGGCAGCCUAGGGGCUGAAGUUUCAGGAUCUCUUAUGUUCAGCAGCUUGUCUGGGAGCAAUGGUGGGAUCAUGUGCAACAUUUGCCACAAAAUGUACAGCAACAAGGGGACCCUGAGGGUGCACUACAAAACUGUGCAUUUGCGAGAGAUGCACAAGUGCAAAGUUCCCGGUUGCAAUAUGAUGUUUUCCUCUGUGCGAAGCCGAAAUCGGCACAGUCAGAACCCUAAUCUCCACAAAAACAUUCCCUUCACUUCAAUAGAUUAGUCCCAGAACGGACACUACAAAUGCCAGCUCUCACCAGAUGGCCUCCAUGUUUGAACUGCCAUAGUCAGUCAGUGUGCGAUCCGUGUGUGUGUGUGUGUGUGUGUGUGUGUGUGUACACGCAUACGUAUGCCUCUGUGUCUGCACGUGGGCACACACACAUGUUCUUUUCUUUAGAUAAAAACUAUAAACACUAGGUGCUUUUGAAUUUUUUUUCUCUUUCCUUUAUAGUUUUGGGAGAGGGGUGGGAUCUUUAAUUUGGGGGUGA